UGCUAUCCUUUUGAGUGUUAAAAAUGUGUUUUUCCCGAAAGAAAACUCUCUCUCGACGGUGAUUUCAAUGGCGACUCUAGGGUUUUGAAACCCGACCAUGAGCAGAUGUAAUUCGGUGGUUUUCGGUUGCGAUAAUGAGUUGAUAUGGUGGUUCUUGGUGAGAAGGAUUGAGGUUGUUGUCCUUUCACGAGGUCUGAGUUGGGCUAGAUCAGGGCAGGAUAGGCUUUCUAUCUUUUGGUGUUGAAGAGGUUGUAUCGAUGGAUUGAUCUAUUUAUGGAUUCACAAAUCUAAAACUUUCUUCUGGUUCGUGGAAGGCGGUUUCGCAAACGUGAGUUGGUGCUUUGGGGAACUGAAUGUUCAGAUUUUGAUUGAGGUACUCUACUCUCAUCAGAGGGAUUGGUGCAGAUCUUCGAGGAAUUUGAUUCGGUUUUGGUUAAAGGAAGAUACGAUUCUCCUUUAUACGAUGGCAAGGAGAUAUGUUUAUUAGAUGGAUACCAUUGAGGAUUCACACAGAUAUCACUUGGAUUUGGGUACAAGAUAUAUCAAAUAUCUUAUUUUUAAUUAGCAUUUUUGAAAUCUUUUGGUGGAGUUAUGGUAGUCGGAUCUUCUAGAUAUGGAUUUGGUAUUCCUAGUUAGUGAUGGCGAUUAGCCUCUCUUCACAAAUUGAUCUUGUUUCCUUUUUUUUACUUGUCCUUAAAGUGAGAGACCAUUCUCUUUCCUUUAUGUCUUUGGUGUGGGCAUCAAGCCUUUUGGAGAUUAGGGGAUAUUUAGUAUUGAUGAGGGAGGAUUCUUUUGGGAUGGAGAGUUGUAUAAAAAGGGGAGUCUUGCUUUCAUUCAAAACCACAAUCUGUCAAGCUUUGGUUUUCAUAUCGCUGGUUCUGGGUUUAUUUUUCUUCCGAGAUUAUCAUUUUGGUGUGGGUUUUUUUCAUUGUUUAAUGUUCUCAAAAUGUCUCAGAGUGCUUUCAUGGGAAAGAAAAUGGGAGAGAGAAGGGUUGGGGCCAUGUUUCCAAAGAGAAGAAUAAAAAUUUCACACUUUGACAAUUCAGCUUUGAUUGUGGGAUACUCAAAGACUUUAAUUGGGCGGUGUAUAAAUCCUCGGAAGGCGAUGUUGUUCAUGGUACCACGUAUCUAGCAGCUUGAAGGAAAGAAUGUAGGGGCUGAUUUGGGGUUGGGUCGGUUCCAGUUUGACUUUGAGACGGAGGAAGAUAUUGUGGAGGUUUUGAAGAUGGAGCCUUUUCACUUUGAUCAUUUGAUGGUGUCUCUGUUGAGAUGGUCGCCCUUGGUUGAUCCCAAUUAUCCAUCGGCCAUUACCUUCUGGAUUAGAGUUCUUGGAGUCCUAAUUGAAUUCUUGACUGACACAAUCUUUCGAGACAUUGGAAAGGAUCUGGGUAAAGUAGAAGCAAUGGAUUUUGAUGGCGGUUGAGUUGAAGUAACGAUUGAUGGUUUCAAACCAUUGUGCAUCGAAACGGAGAUAGAGUUCGCAAUGUUGAGGAAACCACCAUCCUUAGGUACUGAUCAGUUGCUUCCGGUUGAAGAGGUGAAUGACGAUCGAUAUUUGCAAAGUUUUAAAGUAGCGGUAACUCAGGUGACAAGGCAGGAAACAAGACAUGAAGGGAUGGUCUCAGGUGCGUUUAAAGGGAAGAAUGUUGCGGAUGCUCGUAAAGAUGAUCGGAAACGGUCUCAAUCGGGGAAUCAUAAUGGUGCUUCCUCUUCAAGGCCGAAGUUUGCAAGUUAUGUUCAAUAUAACGAUUAUCAGUUCUCAAAGGCUGGUGGAGAUGGUGCGCAGGAGCAUCAAAAUGUGGUUAAAGAGAGGGCUGGAAUGGAGUCGCAAGGGGAGCAAGCCAAACCUGUCGAUGUUGUACCACCAAAACAAGUAAGGAAUGCUGUUUUUAAUUCACUAGCUUCUCAUGAUGUAGCUGUAGCUGGUUUGGAAGUGGAGUCGUUAAGCGGCACGGAGAUUAAUCCAGAGGAAGGAGAAAUUACAACAGCUAGGUUGAAGGAGAACGAGAUGGAAGAUGCUGGUAUUUUGUCCAAUGCAAAUAUUGCAGCAGGUUUGUCUGACGAAACUCUUAAUAUGGACCAAGAGGAGUCGGUUUUACCAAUGUCAAAUGAGGAAGUGGAUGGUGAUGAUUUGAUGGUAACAUCUCGUCGUCUGACGGACCUUUCCAAGACUGAUGAGGUUGAGGAAACUGCAGAUGAGCCGCGGAAUGCAUCUGAGCUAGUCGAGGACACUAAUUCGGAUAUGAUGGUUUCAAAAGUUGAUGUGGAGAGCCAGAUUUGGAUAGGGAUGGGGAUUUGGAGACAUCUCGAAAUCUGAAAGGGAGUUUGGUGCUCAUGGGUGUUAGUUCAAAGAUGAGAAAUGCUCAACUUUUGGCGUCACCACAGAGAAGGGUUGUAGCCAUAGGAAGCUUGCAAUUGAAGGAAGAUAAUAAUUCGACAAACCAAGGUACGGUGAACGGUUUAACGGGUGGAAACAAACCACCAAAACCAAAUUGUCAAGGUCUCGGGAAUAAAGCAACUAUCGGAUAUCUUCGUGAUGUGUGGAAGAAACAUCGGCCGGAUUUUUUAUUUCUCUCGGAAACGAAACAAUCCUCUUUAUUUUUGGAAAAACUUGUUAGUCAUUUUGGUUAUAAAAACUUAAAAACGGUUCAUCCUAUUGGUUGUUGUGGUUGUUUAGCGCUUUUUUAUAAUAAUGACUUCAAUGUUUCUAUUA